AUGGGAUAUAAGAUAUAUUCUAACUCUGACUUAGUUCAAACAGUAACAUGGGCAAACUAUGAAUGGUUCGCUUUGAGAAACUCAGUACAACCACAAGCUAGAGAACAAACAGACCAGUAUGCAACUAUUGAGAAAAUAAGAAGACUUGACCCUAACGUUCCAGGAGUUUAUGUUAACCUUUCUGGACAAACUGCAGCAGCAGUAACCAAAGUAAAACUGAAACUUAGAGUUCCUUUGUCAUCUUUCCUCAUCUUCAGGUUUUUAAGAUACUUGCCAAACUGGGCAGGAAAAAUUUCUAUCGAACUUACUCCAAGCAAAAAUAACUUAGUCAUUGCACCAACACAAGACCCAUUCACUCUACAGCUGGAACGUGGAGCCAAGUUCUGUGACUUUUGCAAAGACAAAGUUGACUUAGACUUUGGUUUCUCAAACCUCAACACUGAAGUAAACUAUUAUUUCAAUGCUGCUGGAACUGCUUGGGACCCAGUUAAGUUCACAUGCGAAAAAUUUGAAUGCAAGAGAAUAGAAAGCAGACUUGCAGUCUAUAUGUUGGACCCAGAUAUUUCAAAUGCUUUAGCUGCCAAAUAUAUUGCAGUUCCACUUAUGUUCCCUAUACACCAAAUAUCUGUCAAAGACUUUGCAGGUGAAGUUGGAAACCAAAGUGCUGACCCAGGUGCAAGAACAGAUAUUGCUUUAACAACUGCAAUGAAACAUGCAGAUACUAUGUUUGUACUGUUCAGACGAACUAUAAAUGACUAUUCUUGUUUCUACAACCCUGGUAUUAAAUAUCAUAUAAACAUAGAUGGCAAAUAUUAUCCAAGAGAAGAAUAUUCUACAGUUGAGGAUAUGAGGUCAUACAACUUGACAUUAGAUGCUAUGAACUUUAACAACAACUUCACAACAACCAUUAACCCUGAAAUGCAAAGUUCUAUUAUGCCAUAUGUGAAAGUAUGGACUCAUACAGGAGGUCAAAAAACUCAAUAUACAAAUGGAGACC